AUGGAACAGCCAUUCUCGACGUCAAAAGUGACCGUCGAGUACUUCGAUCCUCACGAUGUUUACAAGCUCCUCGCCCCUGGCCUGGUCCCUCGUCUGCCUCUACGUAACCUAAACUGGCAAUCGCAUGCUGGACCCCUACGAUCCAUCGAUACACUUCAUGUUGAGCUCCUUCAGGGGGAUGAUCCUGGACCAGCUACAUCUCCCCAUACCCUUCGACGAUCAGGGAGCACGGUCGAUGAUGGCUUUCAACAACAGAACUUUGGCGGUCAGACAGCUCCAGCUGAUCAGAUAGACACCCAGUCACUGCCAUCUAGAGCAAUUGGAAGCCAACGACGGCAUCAAAUCCCUGGCCUGCGUCGAACACCCUAUCUGAAGGUGCUGCUAGUGAGAUGCGACGACAACGAGACAUACAAGACUUCUGUUCGAGCCGAGAUUCGAGAAUGGAUCAAGACUCACAUACCUUCAUCAAAUAACCCGAAACGAAAUAGCAAACAGGAGAAACAUGAUGCAUUUGAUUACUUGAUCUUGCAUGUGGUUCUCCCCAACACAGCAGCCUCAACGCAGCCCAGAACAAGCGCUCGCUCGCAGGAUACUUCAGAGAAAUCAGGUCCGCGAUGGCGAACUGGUUCAACUCCCCUGUUCGAGAAGCUUCGCACGGAAUUUUCGGGCCUUGGGAAGACGGCACCAGAUCGAGUUGCACAAAUCCGAAUCGGAAUCAAUGAUCUUCCGUAUGAUCAACUCCCAAGAGUGGUUCCUGCGGUGCCCACAGGAUACUUGGAAGAUGAGCAUGACGCCGAAAACGCUUGGGCAGAGCUCAUUGCAAAGCUGAAGAGUCUUAUUCUUACCUCGUUCGACUUACGUGUAACCCAGUACGAAGAGGAUAUUAAAGAAAAAGACGGUCAGCGAAGUCUACCAGGAUGGAACUUCUGUACCUUUUUUAUCCUGAAAGAAGGCUUGGCAAGAGGUUUUGAGAGUGUUGGACUUGUGGAGGAUGCGUUAGUCGGCUAUGACGAACUAAGCGUUGGGCUUGACUCUGUCGUGAACGAGCAGGCUGAUGAAGGGUCGCCUACAAGACACGGCGGUGCAAUGCUCAGUUAUACCGAUGACCUCAAAGAAAUCGUCCGCACUGCUCUCGCCAAAGCACCUGGCGGAAACACCGAAGACGAAGAGGCUGUGGACCUUCAGUCAAACGAAACGAUCAAGGAGCAGUUUGAUGAGAUACCUAUCAGUGCUACCAAGAAGGCAUACAGAGACAAGAUUCUCGCUAAUGAUGUCUCGGUCUUUGACUUCCGAUGUUAUAUCUUUGCGCGUCAAAUGGCACUGCUUCUGCGGCUCGGAAACGCCUGGUCAUCAAAGGAUGAUCUGCUGGCUAAGCUGAAGGAACAACAAGAGUCUGUCUUGCACGGAGUUGCUCCCUUAGCGCCUCCUCCGAAACAUACAGAAGAGAGCGAGAAUCUGGCCAGUCUCGGUGAAAUAUGCCGCAGGACUCUACAGUUUAUACCAGCAGUAUCGCAGAUCAUGCGACGAGAUAUCCUUACUGCUGUCGCAUCUGAGAAAUCCGACGAGGACGACUCUCCUAUCGACCCAAACCUGUCCGAAAUCAUGGAUAAUGUGGUUGCCUCAUUCGCUUUCUCAGUUGCUCAGCAGAUUCUUGCCCAAACCGCAUCUAAAUCUUUGCCUAUUCCUCCAUCAACUCUUACUCCUCCCCAAAGUCAAGAGCAGAAGACCUCCAUUCCUGAGCCCAAGACUAUGAUGCACCCCGCUAGGACUUCAUCGCUCCAUGUGUCAACAGGUCCUGCACAUGGUUCUCGUCCUCCCCCGAGCCCUGGUGUUUUUCCAGGACCGGGUAUGCCAAAGAUCAGCAACGAUCAUGAUGCACUGUUUCUCAAGGCCGGCCUUGAAGAUUUGGCUGCUAAGCGCGCCGAGCUUUAUAUGAUGUCUCGAAGCAUUCUCGAUGGUCUUGGCAAGAAGCGUGGCUGGAGCAAUGGGUGGCAAGAAGCGCCUAUCAUUGCAGAAGCUGAGGCCGAUUUCGAGGAAAUAAGUCUUGAUCAGCCUGCCACAGAUGCUUCUGUUUCGGAGGAUAUCCCACCCUUGGACAUUGGCGUCAAUAACAACCUUCUCCAGACUGCGAUUGACAGCCCAGAGAACUUUUACCGUCUUUAUGAGAUCCUGACAGAUAAGGCGCUUCGGCACUAUACUGUCGCAAACCACGAUCAUGCUGUACAAGCCAGCAUGGCAGAUCUUGCUGUGCUCAACUUCUUUCUUAAAGAAUUCGGUACUGCUGCUUCAUAUUUCUAUCGAGCGACACCUUUCUAUGGUGAAAGCGGAUGGACCUCACUUGAGUUAUCUAUGCUUGUAAUGUAUCUACACUGUUUUCGCGAGAUGAAGUCUAAGGAUGACUACGUGCGUGUCGCUCUCAAGCUGCUUACCAAGUCUUGUGCGGCUGAGAAAGAGAGGUUAGAACAACGUUCAAAGAGGGUAUCGAGGAUUGGCAAGCCUGAACCUGCUGAUGCAAUGUCGAUGAAGGGAGUUGUUGGCAACCUGUUUGACCUGGCCUCGUCCUUAUCCUCCCAAGUCAAAGUACAUGUGUCAAACUUCUUUACAAAUAUUGAAGUGGCGGGUGCCCCUGAGUACUAUGAUAAAGAAGACAAAUGCACUCUGACUAUCAAUCUCUGGAGUUUGUUGCCAGAUGACAUCAAGCUAGAUGGAGUGGAAGUUCGAGUCACGACAUCUGAGGGAGGACCGACCAAGGAAUUACACUUAUCAAGAACCGGAGAUGUUGUCUUACACCCUGGCCAGAACAGCGUCAAAGUAGAUUGCACGUCUGUUGUUCCUGGAAAGUACAAGAUAGAUCAUCUAGGACUGUCUUCGAGCAAUCUUCUCCUUCAUUUCGAACGUGACAUCAAUCAAACACCUUCACCAACGACUGAUGUCUUCAGGCAUCCUGAAGUUGUUCUAUUCCAGAGAACCGGCGCACUCGACGUCCAGCUUACAGCCACUAAGCAUACUGCUCUGGAUAAGAACAACACGUUGGAUCUCACACUCAGCUCCGGAUGGAAUUCGUUAAAGAACUGUGAAAUCCGAGUAAAGCCUACCACGGGUGGUUUGAGACUACUGACCCUUGAAGCUAAGGUCGUCGACUCAUCUAUAGAGUUUGCAAAGAAACCAGAGACUGGAGGUGUUCUUUACUUUAAUCAGAUUGCCGCGGAAACGACUGUCACCUUCCGCUUUCCUUAUUCGGUUGAGCAAGACAUGGCUGAUGUAUCUGCCAAGGUCGAUGUCACAUACACAACCGAAAUGGGCCAAAAGUACGCAUUUGCCAAGUCCAUAGUGAUUCCCAUCUCUCUGGCUUUGGGUGUCAACGUGCAAGACGUAUUCAAGCACCAAGCCCUUUACUCCCGGUUCAACGUGUCGACAGCAAGCCCCAGUCCACUGCGGCUAUACAAAAGCGAGCUGAUACCAUCGGAUUUGUUCGAGUCCGAAUUUGGUGUUCCGCCUGCCGAUACUACCAUGGUGUUCUCAAAACAGCCAGCAACACUCCUUUACCGUGUCAAGAGAAAGACCGAUGUUAGGUCGAGCAAGCGAGUUGCAAGGACUAUGUAUCUGAAGCUGUACUACAACGUUCUCCAAACGGAAAUCGAAGAGGCGAUUGUCCAGUCCAUCUUCGAUACUCUCAACGAUCCCUCGCUGGAAUCAUUCUCCAAGCUCAUCUCAACAGUGGUGGUGAGAGAGACAAAGUCUCUGCAGCCUAUUGAUCUCGAACGAGCUUCUCUACUGGGUGCAGUUCCUACCAGCUUCCUGGCGGAUGUCCCUUGGGACAAGUACUUUGCUGGUAUCGGACGGGUCCCAGAGACACAGGAAGACGCGACUGAGAAGAUAUCAGUUGCUAUCAAGGAGUGGCAGGCAUCGAAUCCUCGAGUCAAACUCCCAACGACACAACACGAUGAUCCCUGCACCCUUCUCAUACCAGUUGAGAUCCCUUCGCUGUCUAUUUUACAUACAGCUGAUAUAGAGCUUCAAACACCACGCUCGGAGAUGCUUGACCAGAAGCCCGGUACGAUUCCUACUGUGGCCAUUAACCAGAUGCUUCCGGCCACACUUCACCUUAAGUGGACACAGAUCUGGGACACUGAAAUGAAUCACAAGAAAGAUAUAGAGUACAGUUACGAAGUCAUCGCCCCAGCUGACACUUGGCUUCUGGGUGGACGUCGUAAGGGUCAUUUUGUGAUUCCAGGUUCCAAGCGCGAACCGCUUUCAUCGUCGUCGGAUUCCGAGGCCCAGAUCCCGCUUAUCAUGAUCCCGUUACGCGAAGGUUGGCUGCCAUAUCCUACGGUCGAAAUCCGCGAGGUUAAAGACGGAGUUGAGAACCAAGCACAGACGUGCGAGGUGGACUUCAGGAACCUGGGCGAGUCCAUCCGGGCUGUAUGUGAGAGGAAAGGUGUUACGGUGAGCUUGGAUGCGAGCGGACCUGGAGGUGGCCCGUUGGUGUUGGACAGUGAGGAGCCUAGCCGAGAGAGGGGGAGAAUAGUUGCGUAG